UCCGGGAGGAAGUGGCACACCACUGCACUGCGAAACCAGACUACGACUCGUAGAUCUACACUCAGGAGCAAGAAUCUCUUUUUCAAGUACAUGGCUGAGUGUGUAGUUGCAGUAAUCAUUUUUGUGAAGAGCUGUACUGCAUGCAUGCACAGCUAGCUGUGCAACGAACGGAGUGCAUGCAGUGUGCUUAGUAUUUUUUUAAAUCGAGUUUGUGGAAGGAGUUGACAAAAUGUCAGCUCGUCCUCAUCGACGAGGUCAAGAAGAGCCAUCCCAAACAACAGAUAAACCAAUGGAAUCAAAAGUACUUUCGAAUCUAAGCCCGAAAUGGAGAAACUGGUGGAUUCGUGGAUUCGCAACUGCUCUUCUACUGAUGGUGCUUGCAUUUGUGUUGUGGAUCGGGCCACUUGGAUUGAUGUUCGCAGUCCUGAUAAUUCAAGUUAAAUGUUUCCAUGAAGUUAUCUCAAUUGGUCACAAGAAGUACAGGGAAUACGAAUUUCUCUACUUCCGAACAUUGCAGUGGUACUUCUUGAUGGCAUCGAACUACUUCUUCUAUGGAGAGAUCUUGCCAAGCACGUUCUUUGUAUUCUUCAAAACUGGAAAUUAUCUACCUGUGCUCUUACGUUAUCAUCUGAUUAUCUCGUUCCUCAUGUAUGUGUCCGGCCUGGUGGCUUUUGUGCUGACGCUCCAGAAGGGUUCCUACAGGAUGCAGUUCAAAAUGUUUGGCUGGACACAUGUCACUUUGCUGAUCAUUGUGACCCAGUCACAUUUAAUCCUACAGAACCUGUUUGAGGGCAUAUUCUGGUUUGUUCUGCCUUUGCUGCUGGUCGUCUGCAAUGACAUUAUGGCCUACAUAUUUGGAUUCUUCUUUGGACGAACCAGCUUGAUUCAGCUGUCACCCAAGAAGACCUGGGAAGGAUUUAUCGGUGCGUUCUUCAGCACUUUGCUGUUUGGAUUCCUUUUCGCAUGGUUCCUGGCUCAGUUUGAGUUUUUUGCUUGUCCAGUGGAGUAUCGUGAGGACAGCAUACUCGCAGCAACGCUAUCAUGCAAGCCUGCAUUCAUAUUCACACAGCAGCCGUAUGAAGUACCCCUGGCAUUGCAUCCAAUCCUAGGCAAAGUAUUGAUGAUCUAUCCAGCUCAGUUCCAUGCAGUAAUGCUGGCAGCAUUUGCAUCAUCCAUUGCGCCUUUUGGCGGCUUCAUGGCCAGCGGCUUCAAGCGUGCAUUUGAGAUCAAGGACUUUGACAACUUGAUCCCCGGCCACGGCGGAUUCAUGGACAGAUUUGAUUGCCAGUUCCUGAUGGCCACUUUCACGUAUGUGUACGUUGUGACGUUUGUACAUGCUGUGAAGCCCAACUACGUGCUUCGCCUCUUCAUGUCAAUGAACAGUGAGGAGCAGAUCUCGAUCUAUCAUCAAAUCGAGGCUCACCUCAGAGAAACCCAAUUGAUCUAGUAUGCAUAUUAGGCGUCGCAACUAUACAUGUAGUGGUUAUCGUGAGAUCGAGUUUGCGCGGCGACUUUUUUUUUUUUUUUUGAUACGAUUACUAUUUUUCCAUGAUAAAUCAUACCAUAAUACUGGACUGCAUGAAUAGUUUCCUCUCCUGAACUGUGCCCUCUCAAUGCCCCCUUUCCCCACGUGGGUGCAUGCACCCAUGCAGGAACACCUCUCGCUAGAAACACCAGGGCGCUAUUUACGGCUCAGCUUGUUGGUAUAUUGCAUGUCGUCGAGGUGAUUCUUUGUCCCACAGCUUUACCAGUACCGACAUGUACCGCCGGUAUCACAGAAACAGUUACGGCAGAAGAUAAUCAGCAGGAGACUACACAUGAAAGGACCAACAUCAUCAAUUUUUGUAUGGCUGAAAUGAUCACAUGUAUACCGUUGAUUCAAGUGUUACAACGAAACGAUAACGUAAUCGGUAGAAUUUGAUAAUCAAUAAUUAUCAUUAUUUUGUGCUAGUGAUUUUUGAACAAACGGCGAGGAGACAACAAUUUGAUAACUGCAAUCAGUAAUACAAGCUGGA